AUGCGUUACACUUCCCUCUCUCUUCUCGUGGCCGCAGAGGCCAUCCUGGCAUCGCCGGUUGAGCGGGCUACCAAGCCCUCGGCCGUGCCUGUCAAGCACGUCGUCAAAGUCAGCUCCCCAAACGGCCUCAUUGCAAAGGGUCUGGCCCGCAUCAACAAGAUCAACGGUGCUGAGAGUACCUUGGGAAACAUUGACGCUUCUGGUCCUGCUGAAAAUGACGACGUCAGCUACAUUGCCUCUGUCGCCAUUGGUAGCGCCAGCUGGGACUUGAUUGUCGACACUGGGUCCUCCAACACCUGGACCGGCGCUCAGAAAUCCUACGUCCCCUACUCCACCGGCAACGACACCGGCGGCACCGUCGGCGUCAGCUACGGCUCCGGCCAGUUCUCGGGCGAAGAGUACGUCGACAAGGUCACCUUUGCCGGCCUUACCGUCAAGUCGCAGUCUGUCGGCUCCGCCAAGAGCGCCGUGGGCUUCAACGGCGUCGACGGCAUCUUUGGCCUCGGCCCCGUGGGUCUGACGCGCAACACCGUGUCCAACGCCGCCACCGUGCCCACGUUUCUCGACAACCUGUACAAGCAAGGGUCCAUCCCGAGCGAGGUGCUCGGUGUCUACUUUAAGCCCGAGGCCGGCAGCGACACCAGCGACAACAACGGCGAGCUGACGCUCGGCGGUGUGGACAGCACAAAGUACACGGGCGCCCUCAACUACGUGCCCACGCUCAAGAGCGGCAGCGCGGCCGCGUACUGGGGCGUCAGCAUCGCCAGCUUCACCUACGGCUCGACCGUGCUCGCGUCGGGCGCCACCGGCAUCGUCGACACCGGCACCACGCUCAUCUACAUUCCCUCGGCCGCCUACGCCAAGUACCUGUCGGCCUCGGGCGGCAAGACCGACGCCAACACGGGCCUCGUCUCGUACACCACCAAGCCCACGGCCAACUUUGGCAUCAAGAUUGGCGCAACCACCUACAACCUGACCCCGGCGCAGUACCUGGUCCCCGCGAGCCAGUACGGCUUCUUUGGGCUGCCGGCCGGCAAGUACUACUCUUGGAUCGCCAACGGCGGCACCGGCUCGGUCAACACCGUUAUUGGCCAAAAGUUCCUGGAGAACUACUACUCCGUCUACGACACCACCAACGCCCGCAUCGGCUUCGCCACGGCUGCCUAA